CAACAACAACAACAAAUAAAAAAUAUUGUUAACGAAAAGUUGCAGAUGGAAAGCAACGCAUUUGUUACCAGCCAUUUGCCAUCACAAGCGCUUGUUGUACUAUCGGAGGCCGCUUCCGGUUUGCAUGAGGCACUGCGUGGCCAACGUCCGUUUCCAGCUAGAUUACCUGACGCCAAAGAUCUACACAACAUGUCACUAGUCGGCAACUAUAGCACCCAAUUCCUGCACAACUUCCAUCCGCAUCUGCUGCAGACCCUCAACCAUGGAAUGCUGGCGGCAAAUGGAGCAGCUGCCGCUGCUGCCGCCGCCGGAGCACCGGGCGGUUAUUUUGCCAGCGACCGCUCGCCGCUGGGGAAGCCGUCGGUGCUGUCGAAUUUCUCGCUGCCGUCGGCGUUUUCGCCACCCAAAUAUAUUGGCAUAUCUCUGGAUCAGAAUCUCUUCAAUGGCAGCGAAUCAUUUCGCACGGAUUCGGCCAGUCCCACGUGCACAUCACACGAAUCCAUGGAGGGAUCACAGGAUUACGAUGCCGUUGAAAAGGGUGAAAGUCCGCGCAGCAAUAAUUCUCAGGAUCCCAGGGAUUUGAGACAUCUGCAUAAUGUUAGCAAAGCGCAUACGAUUGCCUCCUCGUCGACAGCAUCCAGCAGCUCCUCAUCCUCCUGCUCCACCAGUUCGGCUGCGGCGGCCAUUAGCUCGGCCGCAGUCGCAGCGGCGACGAGCAGCGCUGUCGUUUCCAUGGCCAAUCAUUUGGCCGCCCAUCAGUCGUCGCCAGCCCAUCAUCAUCCGCAUCAUCAUCAUGGCCAUCAUGGAGCGGGUCCAGCGACACAUCAUCAUAUGGCCCAUGCACAUCCGCAUCCACUGUCGCAUCAUGCCGCCCAUCAUGCGGCUCUGGCCAGUCUGGCCGGAUUGCGUGCGGUGCCGGGUGGCCUGAGCCUGGUCAGCGGUUUGCAGGCAGCUGCUGCCGGUGGCGCCAUACCCGAUCUGUGUCCCGUCUGUGGACUGAAGCUGAGUGCCGAGGAGUGGCAUACGCACUUCCUCACCGAACUGGAUCGUCUGUACAAGCUGAGCGCCGGCUUCGAGCGGGCCAAUCUGCAGGCGACCUACAUGUUUGCCCCACCCUGUCCGGCCCAGGAGAAUGCCAUACGCACCAGCCACAAUCGUUGGGAGACCUUUCAGCGGAUUCGCAACAAUCGUCAGAACCGGCUCCGGCUGAAGGUGCGCAAGCGCAAAUAUGGCGAGAUGUACAUGAUGGAGAGUCUCUACUGUAGCAGCUGUCCCAUUUGCAAGCGCAAGUAUGCGCUGGAAACAGGCAAAUUGCCGCCAGAGGAUGAAGUCAAGUUGCAGGACGAGAUCGAAACGGUGGACGUGGAAAGCUGCAACGAUGAUGUGCCGGAUUCUGGUUCGGAGCUACCCGGCGCCAAUACAGCGAUGACAGUGGCAGCCAAUAGUAUGCAGCCGACGAGCAUGCACAACAGCAACGCACAGCCGGGCAAACUGGAUGGGAUAUUGUAUCGCACGGCGUGCGUCAUCAAUCAGAAGGAUGGGCAUGGCGAUGAUCAGGAUGUGAGCACCAAUGUGACCACAGUGGCAAGUAGCAGCAGCAACAACAACGUCAGCUGGUCUGGCGAAACAACAACGUCCAACAACCACACACAGGCACAUAUCAGUGUGAAAAACGUCAGCGAGCUGUCAUCAACCACACAUCAUUAUUACAAUGCGGAUUCGUGCGGCGUUAGCGUCUCCGAAAAUAACAGUAAUAGCAACAACAACAAGGAGCUAAUGAUGGAAACGGCAACGUGCCAAAACGAUAGCGAUGAGGAUGUCAUUGUGGAUGACGAUGAGACGGUGAAAAUGACGAGCAAAUCGCACAGCUUUAAGCGACGCCUGGACGAGAAUGUCGCCAGCAGCAGAAGCCUGGAGAAUAUAUCGCCACAUGAGGAGCGUCCGCGCUCCGAGCCACAGGUCAGCAGCACCGAGCCGGGUCCCAUGGAUAUCUCGCACAACAACAAUAAUAAUAAUAAUAAUAAUAAUGCAACAACAGCAACCAAAUAUGUUGAGCCCAUGGAGAGCAGUUUGUCGCAGCUAUCGUCAAUGGGUGUGCCGGGAUUAACGCAAUUGGACACAAAGACAGGCAUAAAGGAUCUCAACACGGAUGCGUUUCUGCGCGGUCGCAAUUUCUAUUUCCAUCAGAGCUGUGCGAAUGUGAUGAGCAGCUAUCGACUCAACAAGGAGCUGCUCAACCAGGCCCAGGCACAGCGGGAGGCGAACACGGCGAAUUCGGCUACGUCGCUGUCGCCCGCUCAGUCGCCGCAGCAGAGCGUUGCCACACCGACAAUGAUGGAAUAGUGGUGAAUGUCAAAAUGUCGAGCAAUCAAAAAGCGUGAAUUUAUUACAGUUAAUUAAUUCAAAUAUUGUGGUAGCUAAUGAAACAAAACAACAAAAAGAAACGAAAACAAAAACAAGAGCAGAAAUCAUCUUUAAUUGCGCGUUUAAGCGCUCGCCCAAAAGCAGGCAACAUCUUUUUUUCGCCCAAACGCGAGCCACAUUUAUUUUAGGUCGUAUUUAUUUAUUUGUUCGCUGUGUAUAUUUGCGUGUUUGAAUUUCUCGGAAUUAACAAAGUUUAAUUUCCUUAGUGCAAUUUUUGCGUUGCCUUUCUGCUGUUUUUUUUAUGUGUGUGUGU